CCGGCGAUCGGACACAGCGGCAGACAGAUAUAGGAAGGGAAGGAAUCAAGAGCUCGGAGCCAGCGGAUCUUCGCUCAAUAGUCAGACCGAGCAUCCGCGACAGCGGCAGCAGCAGCGGCAGCAGCCAUGGGGGGGGGACGACACUUCCACUUCCCCAAGCACGUGUGGUCGCCCGCCGGGGGUUGGUGGGUCAACCCGCCGCACUGGAAGCGCAACACGGGAUUCGCGUUCGUCGGCAUCGGCUUGGCCUUCAUCGCGAUCGCCAGGAUUUCCUCGGACCGAGAGCGCCGGCCGAUUGCUCCGGCGUUCCACAUCCCUUCACAGAGGUGGUGCAAGCACGCGAAGGAGGACGACCCGUCUCUGCCGUAGAUAAUCACACUAUGUAGCUCUGGGAUUGAUCGGAACAAUACUUGGGGGUAGGAGGAUCUGGGUGGCCUGUCUGGUUGCCCAGUUUGUUGCAUGACCGUACUUUCGGUAGAACUUCUUAUCACCUAUCUAUUUAGUUACAUGAGAAGUUCGCUCGUGAGUGGCUGUAGGAAAACAUGACCUCAAAAGAAGAGAGGCCUUGUACGCCCGUUUGGUGCAUUCUGUUUACGAGUCGCUUGCCGGUGCCAGGGGAGGGUGUGUGGUCGGCGGACAGGCCUACUAGCGAGAAUAGGGGCAAGGUUUUGGGGGUGAAUCCUCCUAAGGAUGUUCAGGCCAGUUGUCACCUUUGCUCCUUGCCUAUAAAGGGAAUGCCUAUAAAGGGAAUGCGGAAUGUUUAACAGCCGUGCCGGAGGCUGGCUUCUUUGACUGCGGAUGAUGGAGAUGGCUCAUACGCACUUGCCGCAUGCAACAGCAGUCGUUAGAAGAAGAGUCAUGAGAAGUUUAAGUUUAGACUGCAGUCCUUGCGCCUGACCGAUUGUCAGCGGAGAGGUGCGUGCGCUGCGGCGGUUUCUGUGCAGAGCACUUGUUGGCUGCGGCGUUGGGAGUUGGAAAAAAUAAGUUGCGUACUGUACGUCGCAGAACGAGUUCAACACUUCGGCACUGGCUGGCUCCU